GUGUCGUGCGUGUAUGUUUGUGUCGUGUGUGUGUGUGUGAGUGAGUGAGUGAGUGAGUGAGUGAGAGAGUGUAACGGCUGUUGUGCAAAAGCUUAGCACUGUUAGCUAGCUUGGAAAGUGUGAGCGCGUGGAUAAGAUGAUAUAAAUCUGGACUGUUUUGUACAGAAUUGGAUUUGGUUUAGAGAAAAAAAGAAGACGGAGAAGGGGUAAAAGGACAAACGUUUGGACUAGAUCUGGAUUCAGGAUGUCCAUCAGCAGCCAGAAGACCAGCAGCCGCGCCAUACCGGCCACCAGGAGGGUGAUCCUCAGCGACGCGGCCCAUCUACCCCAUGAUUACUCCAGCACACCUGGAGGAACUCUGUUUAGCACCACUCCCGGAGGAACCCGAAUUAUCUAUGACCGGAAGUUCUUGCUGGACUGUCGCAGCUCCCCAUUGGCUCACACGCCCCCUAGCUGCCUGCCUGACAUCCCAGGAGUGACCAGCCCUCUUACAAACACUGGCACUAACAACAAAACCCACCCUCAAGAGAAUGUCACUAGCAAGAGCAGCAUUCCACCUGUAGACAAGGCCACAGGUGAAGAUGCCCAAUUUGAAAUGGACAUCUAGAAAUAUCAAACAUCAACGUUGCGGUGAUGACGGUCCCAUAAGGAUGAAUGAAACCGAUUUCUCCUGUCAUCCUGCCUUCUUUCGUUAUCUGCUGUUGUUUUCCCCACCGUUAUUUCAGUAUGGAUGCUGUCAUUCCAGACACAAACAAGACAUCUGCCAUCGAGUCUCAACACCAGCGUAUACUGCUGUGCCUAAAUGCACUUGAAUUACUCAGUGCUUCUGCAUAAGCUUCUGCUCAAGCUGUGUGAAAUCCUACCUUUUUUGCUGUCCUGCUGCUUGUGUAGUUUGCUACCAUGACCACUGGGAGGAGCAUUGGCUCGAUUGAAUGAUUUUUGUACUUGGUGCUGGAGAGUGUGAAAGUGUUAAAUGAGAAAACAAACAAAACAUUUUGCCCUGUGACAGUGUUACCUUUUCGAAUGAAAAUGUACGAAUUUGUUUAUUUUUCACCUAAAGUGUCAUUCAAGAAAAUUUGUAAAAAAAAAAAAUGCCUUUUUCCCCCCUUUUGCAGUUUUGGUUAUCAUGUGUUAACAAUGUCAAUUAUUCAAUAUCUAAGGAAUAAAUCCUGCCUUAUGAAUAAUCUGAAUAUGGAAAAAAAAUGCAGUGAAUGAGCAAUUCAUUCAUCUUUUGGCUUGUUUUUUGUUUGUUUGUUGAUGUUUGUUGACACACAAUAAAAGCAACCUUUGAAUAAGAA